CGUUGACGACGUCUACCAAAAUUUAUUACCAUAACACUUUCAGGAACUCAAAAUCUACCAUUUGUGAUUUUACAACGUUAAAAUCAAAACACCUGAAAACUCGAAGAUGGGGUAGAAAACUAUAAUCUAACACUGACAAAGAAUGGGUCGCAGAACAAUUUUAACGAUUUUGAUAUUAACUGCUAUUGGGCAGAACUGUAUCCUGGGUAUAAGAUUCGGUAGAAACAAGGUGGAAGUAAUUCACAGAGGGAAAACAUUGCAAGAUUUGGUGAUGCUCGACAGUCGCGUAGCUCCGCAUGACCUUGACAACUUACACGCAUUUGUGCAACCAAAACUGCUUGAGGAGAGUAAAGAUGAGGGAAUGAUGCUUCAAGAAAACGGAAUUGAAGACUUCCGUCCACUAGACGUUACUAUUGAAACAGACGAAGGGUCGCACAGAGGAAAGAAGCACCACAAAAGGGUGGACCAAAUGUCUGUUUCCCAUACUGGGGAUAACGAUGAGGGAUACAAUUUACGAGACAUGCCGGAGUAUAACUUGGAAACCAAAGCAGACUUUGAAGGGAACCAAGAAGCAGUUGAUUGGCUUAUGAAGGAUCCUAACGACUACAACGUAAAAUCUUUUGAAGAUAGCGAUGCAUUAGAAGAUACAGACAAUUUCGAUUCAAAUAUGGACUUAACCGAUAUAGAAGAUCAACAUCGAACAAAUGCUCUUCAAAGAAAAAAGGGGAAGGAAAGACACAAGGGUACAAUUAAGCUUCCUAGUAACUCGCAGUCUCUUCAGGAUUAUGACCAAAUGGGAGAUGAUACAGACUUCUUAUUGAGUAAGAUCGACGCUGAAACUGGCGCACAUCGUGGUAAGGCAACAAAAUCAACAGACAAUUACAAUGAUUUCCCACAGUCCGAUUACUCUGAACAUGAAAACUCGGAUCACGGUUACAAAUCUUGGAAUGAAAAUGUUGACGAUGUGAGUGACGGUACCACUGGUAGAACUUUUGACGAAUUCGACAGCAAUAGCGAAGCAUCUUCCAGAAAGAGUCUCCAAGAACGAAUAAAAAACCAAGACACAAAACUUUUCCGUGAAAUAGAAAACUAUAACAAAGGAGAUUACUAUGAAAAUUCUGAUUAUCUGGAUAACUUUGAUUCCUACGGCGAUGAGUUUAAAAAUACCAUUGGCACCGUACACAACGAAACAGCAGACGAUAAGUCGGACGAUGAGGACGAUACUUCCUCGGAAAAGGACGGUAACUCUGAUCGUUUCCAGGACGAAGAUGCUCUUGGAAACAAUCAUGAAUGGAACAGUGAGGAAAGCUCACAUGCAGGUGAUAAAAUCGACGCCGAAAAGCUGGAAGACACGGAUAAUGAGGAGGACUCUGACGCUAGUGGUUCUUUAUCUGACAACACAGACGAUAGUCCACAUAGUGAAAUGGAAGAUGAAAUGAAUGAAAAAAGUAGGGAAAACGCUAAAGCUAAAAGUAUGAACAGUGAUCAACAAGUUGAAGAUAUAAACAUUGAUAACGUAAAUGGCGAUAGCAAGGUGCAAGGAGCAGAGGAAGAAGUGGCACAUAGCAAUAGAAAUGAUAGUAGGAUACAAACACUUCACGGCAUAGCUAGUGGAGAGGGGAAUCAUUUGAGCGAAAGUAAAGAUGAGAAGAUUAUAAAUGAAGGCCAACACAUACAACUUGCUACUUAUAAGGAAAACAAAAUGCCUGCCAACAACACACUCUCACAUCAUACUACAGCUAUUUCCAGCAACGGCAACGAUAACCAUUCGAAAACCUUGAAUCUUGAAGUAGAUAAAAUUGGCAAGAGUGCUAAGAUUCUUUGGAUACCCGCCAAAAGCGAAAUCAAAGGUUUUCAACUUUCAGAUUCAGAUGAACAAUUAGUUCCACUUUCAGGCCCUGAAGUCAUAGGUGAAAUUAAAAAAGGGUCAAAAACUGAGCAAUCUCAUAACGAAUCUCAGAGCCAAAAAGAGAAAGUUAAAUCAAAAUCUAGCGAUGAGCAAUUGCAAAUCGUUCAAAAAGUAAACGAUCUCUUAAGAGAAGUAGAGGAAAGUCCUCACGCACGAAUCAGAGCUACUCUGAAGAUACCAAAACUUGACCAUAGAAAAACAUUUCCGCAUCAUAACAGGCGAAUGCGUUCACAUAGGAAAAAUAACAAGCCAACUUCAACUGGAUUCCGAAGAAAUGAGGAGAAUUAUCGUCCUUCACCGCCUUGGAGCUACUCAACAGCGGACCUAACAAAUAUCGAACAUAUUAUAUCCUUUUUGCGGGGAACGACAUCUUCUCUGUCGUUUCCUACAAGAUCUUCGAGGCCAACUAAUGUUUCACUGAAAAGUCUUUACUAUUAUCCACUUCAUCCAACGCCUGAAGAUGAAAAUGAUGGAGGCUAUGCAGAUACCAAAGAUGCUACAUUUGGUGAAUGGAAUGAAUGGUCCUCGUGUUCAGUAACUUGUGGUAAAGGAGUGAUCGUUAGAGCCCGUGUGUGUCUCGUGAAUACAUGUCCUCCAAAAGAUUUGUUUCAAUCGAAAAGAUGUCAUGAGGAUAUCUGUGCAGAUGAGGUUGAGAGGGAAGCCUUGAAGGAACAUAAUAGACUCAGAGCCAAACAUUUUUCUCCUCCAUUAUCCUGGUCAGCUUCCCUAGCAAGGAAGGCUCGAAAAAUUGCUCAGUCUCUCGCAGGCAAAGAUUUCCUUACUCUGGAUGAUCUCCAGGAGCAACAAGGGGAGAGUGUCGCUCAAAUAGUCUACACUGGGGAGAGUACAAUAACGAAGGCGAUAGAAAAAUGGUACAAGGAAAUAGGGUCGUACAGUUUUUCGUAUCCAAAGAUAAAUAGCAAAACGCGACAUUUUGCGCAAAUAACAUGGAAAGGAACGAAAGAGAUGGGACUUGCUAUUAGAAGAAGUGGCAGCGGAGAAUAUGCUUUUGUAGUUGCCCUUUAUGAUCCACCUGUUUCCAGUGAGGGACACUUACAGCAAAAUAUUCUUCCUCCUGGUCUUAGGCACGAUUUGUACUCGACGAUUCGAUAAAGUUAAAGUUCAGCUGUGUGCCGUGUGGAACGCUCCAGCUUUCGACCGGCGUUUGUUAGGAAAACUUUUGAAUAUAAAAGGGGAAAAGACAAAGAAAGAAAGUGGGUAAAUGUUACCAACUUGGCUGGAUAGCGCGACAAGCACUCUGUUUCGGGAAAUCUUGAGGAAACUUUUUGCGUACCAAGAAUUAGUAAGAUUCGUGAAUGAGUUAUCCACACACUUGAAGUCCGUGAGAUGUCUUUGUUACAUAGAGUGUGUUAGAAGUGA